UUAUCAGAACGUCGGCUUGGCUUUCUGAAGCUGCAAAGGUGUUAAUUGCAAUUAACGCGGGCAGUUUAAAUUCAGCCACGAGCGAUUUGAAUUGUGAAGUGUUUUCUUUUGUGGAAAAUAUUAUUUGAAGUUUUUUAAAAAUAGUGAAAUUAGUUUUGGGGGAAAAUGUUUGUUAUCCUGAUUUUUUUAUUUACAACGAUUAGUUAUGGAUAUUCCGAACAAAAAGAUUAUUCAAGAUAUAAAAAGUUUUACGUUAAUCAUGCAAAUGAGAGCAUCUAUCGUUACAUGAUAGACUUGGCAGAGUCACAUGAUAACUUGGACUUUUGGUUGCUUGCUCGAAAUACAUCAAUUAUCCUUGUACCACCGGAAUUAGAUAAUGAAAUGCAACAAGAGCUGGAGAAUAUUGGGGCAGUUUAUAAGGAUACACUUUUAGCUGUUGAAGAAAAUCAAAUUUGCGAAGAACGAUGUGAACCGUACCGGUCCAAGCGGCAGUCAACAGGAUUUUUUAAUAACUUUCAUAGAUACGAUGCGAUAGUUCAGUAUUUACAAUUUCUUGCUGCCAAGUAUCCAGACCAUGCCAAAUUUGAUAGCGUUGCUAAAACAGCUGGAGGACGGCAUUUAGCAGUUUUAAGGAUCGCUCCUUACCGUAGAGUAGGAAAAAAGUUGGUUUAUAUUCAGGGCGGAAGCCAUGCUAGAGAAUGGAUAUCGAUUUCCACAGUUUUAUAUUUUGUCACCGAAUUGCUGGAAAAUUUUAAUUAUUACCAAAAUUAUUUGAAAGGAAUAGAGAUUGGUGUUGUGCCAGUUUUGAAUCCUGAUGGCUAUGAAUAUACACAUACGAGGGAUAGAUUGUGGCGUAAAAAUCUCAAUUUUCCGCCGGGAGGAUAUUGUCGGGGAGUAGACUUGAAUCGGAAUUUCGGUUUUAAGUGGGGAUAUAUAGGAGCCAGCAGGAAUCCUUGUUCCGAAGUAUAUUCUGGACGUCUACCAUUUUCUGAAGCCGAGACGGAAUGGGUGCGAAGAUAUUUAGUAAAUAAUCAAUAUCGGACGAAGUUAGUAAUUGACGUUCAUUCCUUUGGAAAAUAUCUAUUCUACCCCUGGGGGUACCAAUUAGGAUCAGCUCCAACUAAGGCAACCCUUCAUCAGAUUGGACAACAAGUAGCCAAAGCAAUUUAUAAAUAUCGUGGUACAAAAUAUUCUGUAGGAACAGCUUCUCAGCUACUAUACAAAGCUGCAGGAGGGCUAGAUGAUUACGCUUAUGGUGCCCUCGGAGUACCAUUGUCCUAUACAUUUGAACUGCCGGGGUCCAGUUUUCGAAAUAAUCCACGUGAUAUUAUACCGAUUGGUAAAGAGACUACAGCGGGAUUUAUUGAAUUUAUAAAAAUAGUUAAUGGUUUAAGUUGAUGUAAUGAUAAGGUAAUAUAUGUAAGUUAAUAUUAUUUUAGUAUUUCUAAGGAUUUGUAUUCAGUGGAAGCUUUAAUUGUCGUAUGAAAUAAAUAUUUA